CAGAAACCAAAACCACUUAUGGGACAACUUGCAGAAGGACAUAAAGAGUCACUUCACAGCUCUAGAGAAGUUUGUUGAUUGAUAGUUUGACACCCUGUGAACUUACUGAAAGUUCAAAAUGUCUGCACCUGCACCUGAACCUGUGCGAAUUGAGAAAGUCCUGAAAGAACACCUGGACGAGCUGACUGAAGACGAGCUGAGGUCAUUUCAGUGGUAUGUGACGAAUCACAGAGGUGACUGUAAACCCAUCCCGAAGAGACAGCUGGAAAACGCUACCAGAGAGGAAACUGUGGAUAAACUUGUGCGUUUUUACGGGGGAAAGCGACGCUGUGGAGAUCACAGUGGAUAUCCUCAUGAAUCGCAUGAAUCACAAUGACCUGGCAACAAGGUUAACUCAAGCCAUAAUAAGCCAAAACGUGGAGCAGCAAUUACAUGAGCCGUCGUCCUCCGCUGUGAGAGAGACACAAAGAGAUUCAGAUUUGAUCACUCAGGAUCUUUCUUGUUCAAUUUGCCUAGCCAUUUUCACUGAGCCUGUGAUGCUGCAGUGUGGCCACAGCUUCUGUAGGACCUGUGUGCACACACAGAGGAGGGGGAAAAUCCAUCUGAAAUGCCCACUUUGUAAGCAAGAUAUACGAAUAUACACUGAACCUCCGAUUAAUUAUGCUCUGAAGAGUUUGAGUGACAACUACAGAAAAGGAAGAGGAGGAGGACACAGCAAUGACGUAUAUCAGACUCCUUCCAGGUCCAUCACAGAGAAGCGGGAAGCUUUCGAAAAGGUCAAACAAUUUUGUGAUUCAUCCAUUGAGCAGAUUAAGAGUCAGAGACACGACGCAGAGAAGAAGAUUAAGGACGACUUUGAGAAGCUUCAUCUCUUCCUCAAGAGAGAGGAAGAAACCAGAAUAGCUGAAUUAGAAGAAGAAGAGACUCAGAAGAUUGGUAUGAUGCAGAAGAUAACAGAGAUCAGCAGAGACACUUUCUCGCUCUCUGACACUAUGAAAGACAUGCAAGACUUAGGUGCUGACAACUCGUUCGUACAGAACUUUAUGACUGAAAUGGAACGAGCUCAGAACGCACUGCCAGAUCCACGGCUACUUCCACAAGCACUGAUAAAUGUUUCCAAACAUGUGGAAAACCUUCAGUGCACAGUCUUGGAGAAGAUGUUGAGCAACGUAAAAUGCCCUAUUGUGUCAUAUUUGUCGCCAAUAUAUUUGUCGGACGAGGACGCGGACGAGGACGAGGAUGAGGAUGAGGAUGAGGAUGAGGAUGAGGAUGAGGAUGAGGGACGAUAUUUCGUUAUGGACGACAACUACCAGAACGACGAAGGACAUGGUUUUCUGCUCUCCAAUCUCGUUUUCUGGACCACGAGGACAACAAAGGUCUUCCAGAUUUGGAUGUGGAAGAUGUAGAAAUAUAUUGGGUUUAGAAUAAGAAUGUGCUGUAGCCUGGGAUGGCCUCGCUGUCUCCUCCUGUCUGGCAUGUGUAAGAUAA